UGGGCCCCUCCCGGACCUCGAGCUUCGGGCCCGCGCGAGGCGGGGCUGCGGCGGCUGAGGCGGCUGUGGCGGCUGUGGCAGUAGCGGCAGCGGCGGCGACGGGUCCGGGCAGGACUGAGCCUCCCGCUGUCCAGCACCCCUGGGAUGGGUAAUGGUGUGCAGGAAGGCUCGGUGCGCCUGCGAGAGGAUGCCGAAGCCGUGCUGGCCGGGGCCGUCUCCUCAAAGAGAGACCACAGGCAAGUGCUCAGCUCCCUGUUGUCCGGAGCCCUGGCCGGUGCACUCGCCAAGACCGCAGUAGCCCCCCUGGACCGGACCAAGAUCAUCUUCCAAGUGUCUUCAAAAAGAUUUUCCGCCAAGGAGGCCUUCCGGCUCCUCUACUUCACCUACCUCAAUGAGGGCUUCCUCAGCCUAUGGCGCGGGAAUUCGGCCACCAUGGUGCGAGUGAUUCCUUACGCAGCCAUCCAGUUCAGCGCACACGAGGAAUACAAGCGCAUCCUGGGCCACUACUAUGGCUUUCGUGGAGAAGCCCUGCCCCCAUGGCCACGCCUCUUGGCUGGCGCCUUGGCAGGGACCACUGCGGCUUCCCUCACAUACCCUCUGGACCUGGUCAGAGCAAGGAUGGCCGUGACGCCCAAGGAGAUGUACAGCAAUAUCUUUCAUGUCUUCAUCCGCAUCUCGAGGGAGGAAGGCCUGAAGACCCUCUAUUUCGGGUUCACGCCCACCGUACUGGGCGUCAUUCCCUAUGCGGGACUUAGCUUCUUCACGUACGAGUCACUGAAGAGCCUGCACAGAGAGUACAGUGGCCGCCCGCAGCCCUACCCCUUUGAGCGCAUGGUCUUCGGGGCCUGUGCUGGCCUUAUCGGGCAGUCGGCUUCCUACCCUCUGGACGUGGUGCGGCGGCGCAUGCAGACAGCAGGUGUCACAGGCCACCAGCACGGCUCCAUCCUGAGCACGCUACGCUCCAUUGUACGUGAGGAGGGCGCAGUGCGGGGCCUCUACAAGGGCCUGAGCAUGAACUGGCUGAAGGGCCCCAUUGCUGUGGGAAUCAGCUUCACCACUUUCGACCUCAUGCAGAUCCUGCUGCGCCGGCUGCAGAGCUAGGCUAACACAACAGUGGAUGGUGAGCUGUCAGACAAGGGUGUGCAGCUGUGUGCUGGCAGCCCUGUGGUACCUUGAAGCCGGGCAGGAGGGCGGGACCUGGCUUGGGGCCGUGGGGUCCAUGGCAGAAGUGAUGGGCCUCAGGGUGUGACAUUGUGAUGAUGGAGCUUGGUGUCCCCGCCCUUCAGUCCCUUGCUAGACUGGUGAGUCUCCUGAGGAGUUACCCAAAGGCCCCUAGUGGGUCAAUUGCACUUCCUGGCCCUGUGUCCUCUGACCUGCUGCUGAUUCUAGUGCCCAUUGGCACACCGGGCUCAGAGCCCAUCCCUUCUUGCUGACUGUGCCUGGCCUGCAGAUGUGAUGGCUGUGCCUUUAAAGCCACACACUGGAGGGUCACUGCUUGCUCAGUGAUGGCUGUACCUGUGUUCCUCAGUCCUCCACCACACCUGCCCAUCUUCUCCCAGGUGACAAAUGGCUGCUCUUUCCCACGUAGCUUUCUCCCCAGAACACUGUGCCCAUCUCAUUCCCGAGGGCUGCACCUGACCGUUGCCAACUACCUGGCUUGAAACCUUUCCAGGAGAGCCCAUGGCCACCAGGCAGGGGGGUAAAGUUCAGACCCCACUGGAAACGCCCGUGUGGGUGUCAUUGUCCUGGGGUGUCUCCCACAGCACACCAGUCAGGCUGAACGCAGGCCCAAAGCCUCUCAUAUGCACAGCACCCAUGGAAGUGGGGCUCAAGCUCUUGAAACUGCCUUCUGAGGGGUCCUAGUACCCAUGGGAGCCGUCAGCCAGGCCACAUGAAGCCCAAGAUGGGUGACUUUUCCUGUGUGAAUGAGUACAGAUGUAUUCAUGGCCUGGGGAGUAGGGAAAGGCCAGGUAUUCAGGGACCACCAGCCAGCUAACUCAAGGAGAACCCCUGGGGUUCCCCAGCUGUCACAGGAAACUAUUGCCUUUCCUGGUGUCUGUGGUUCUUGGUUCACGGUCUUUGAGACAGGCCCAGCCAGAAGCCCUGGCUCUCCUGCUCUUCAGUGUUAUUUGGGCUAGCUUCAACUUUCAGCAAUCCUCCUGCCUCUGGUUUCUAGUUUCAACUUAUCCUGUCCCAAGUCUGCACAUAAAACCCCUACCCUCCCUGUGCAAUGCGGCUCUGGCUCAGAGGUGAUGUGGGUGUGGAUCCCACAGCUGGAUGGCAGCCACCUCACACGCCGACCUGAGCAUGGCGGCUCGGCCCCGGGCAUUUGCAGUUGUUGAUGCCACCUUUGUGUGCUCUGUGCUUCUUACUGUGUGCCUGUGAUGCUCGGCCAUCUCUGUCUGCGGAUGAUGGCUCGUCCCACCGUGUCCCGGCAGCCUCUGGUGGCUGGGCGGGGCUGUCCUCUUGUGUACUGCCCACUCUUCCUGACGUGGCCCCACAUUGGGAUGGAGAGGCUGGGCAUCCCACACCAGGAGGCUGCGGGUGCCUGAGGCGCCUGGGUCAGCCCAGCAGGUUGCACCAUGCAGCCGGCUGGCUUGAGCCCUGCAUCCGGCAGCCGGAUGGGCAGAAGUGAGGUGUCAUGGGUCCCUUAUCUUCCCUAUGUCCCCCCUGUAGCUCUGGCUCGGGGCCUUCCUGCCUCUGUGGCUGCCCUCCUCCAUGGCUAUUGUCCAGUCUGGAGUUCUAUUUUGAUGCCAUGAAGACACUUUGUUUAUAUAUAAUGUUUAUAUAUUUUGAAGAUUUGUGCCAACAGAAUAUAUUUAAUAAAAAUUUAAAUAAC